UAUGGUCAGACUUUGUAAGGGGAUUAAAAUCCCAUCGAUAUUCAUAACUAAUGAAACAUUAAAUGUCCGUUACUUGAAGAUCCAACCCACCACACGAGGUCUUAUUGGUGAAUAAACAUCCCUCUGAAGUGACACUAAAUUAGCUAUGCGGAUAGUCCGGGAUUAGUUAUGUACACAGAGGGCUGAGGGUGGAUACCGCCACUACAGGGAAAUAUGAGAGUUCCAUUGUUUUAAUUAACACAGGAAUAUUCAAUCUAAGACCACAGUUAAUUAGUGUAUAAGAGUAUACUCCAGCUAAAAGCACUGUUCUUACUGGAAUGGAUUCAUCUUUCUCUCGAUUGCUAAAGUAGGAAAAAACCACCGGAUGACGUGAGAUGCUGAUACAGGAUAUGUUACAAGGGACUGAGGGGUCGUAGUAUCACAAAACUAGGCCUGGAAAGCGAGGAUGACGAAGACUUAGAGCAUACAAUGGAUUCCGUGACGACGCCACGGUUACCGGAGAUGCCCAAUGUCCUUCACAGGCAACUCUCACGUUCCAUGACAAACUUAGGAGUCCGGAAAUUUCUUAUUGACAACCCGAAGGACCAGGAGCUGAAGAAACGCGAGCGAUUAUGGCAAUUCCACAAGAGGAACCGCGGAGCCAUGGUGCGCCUGAAAGGACUUAAUCCAGUGCUGAGUAAAAGCACAGACAAACUGGACGGAAUCGACACGGAGAGGAAAUCCGACUCCGAGAACGAGGAAGAAAAAUCCCCACGGGAGGCUAAAAAGAUCCCCAAAAUCCGGUCCAGAUUGAAAAUGGAGUCCAGAAACUCAAGUGGUGGGCACAGCGACAGCGGCGUCAAGAAAGAUUCCAAGGAGUCUAGCAAAGAUAGCAAUGCCAAAUAUACUUAUUCCUCUGCUCUUACGAUAGGCAAUAGUAUAUACUCCCAGCUGCGUGGCAAAGAACAUGAGACUAUGGAACAUAUUCCGAGACUUCCGGGUCCUAUAGACUGUGGUAAAACCAAGAGGUCAAUAGUAAACUCUAUUGACAAGCUUCCGGAUCUCAGCAAUGCUUUAACUAAGUUAGGAUACAUGAAAUUAACCCGAAACGUAGUGCACUAUGGGGGCGGGUUCUUUGGACGUUAUCAGGAAAAAAGGUACACAGAGCUCGGCAGAUCAAUGUCCUCGAUCGAGGCGGGAUCCAGACCGGAUGUGACGAACCAGGAUGUGACUAUGUACGGUUCUAUGAACCAAUUAGAUACGAUGGUGGAGACUUCCAGAGUAAAAUUCGAGACUCCAAGACCUCUGAAUAGAUUAGACAGAGGCAACAAAGAGAAUCAAGUUCGUAAAUCAGACGAUAGUCGAAAACUAAAGACAAAAGUAAGUGAUUCAGUGAAAAAACCUCUCUCUGAACAACAGAGUUCCUCAAAAGCCAUAGAUUCUAACGCGGAGUCGGAUAAUAAUGUUACCGAGUUCUCUCAGGAAAACCAAAUGUCUAAAGGAGAAUCGGAUAAAAGUGGUGAUGAAGUGACCCAGGAAAAACAGUCAUACAAAAUGGGUGAACUUACUCGUGAAAAGACCUCUAGGAGAGAAUCGUUUAAAAAUGGUGAACAGACUCAGGGAAACCAACAGAGCAAAACUAAGGACACCAAACUGGAGGUGAAUAGAGUGACUCGGCCUGGUUCCGAUAUAAGUUUAGACAUUCCAAAGGAUAAGUAUGGGCCGUCCUCCCAGGUUAGAGAUGUGAGGACACACAGAUCUCCAUUGAUGUAUGGCGUCAACCCUUACCGCUGGACUAAUAAGAGUGCAAUAACUGACGAGGACCAAUCGUGGGUAGAGCACGCCAUGCAGAACACGGACGUAAUAGACCACACCGUAUACGACUGUUUUGCCAGAACCAAACCGAGUAACAAGUGAUUUAUUUGUACCGGAAAUACG